AUGGGCCGGACUUCGCGCUGGAAGGUCCACAGGGGCCGCAGGAAGCCCCGGGGCCGCUCGCUAACUGCUGCUGCUGUUUUGCUGCGGAAUGAGCAGCAGGAGAGAAAGAAGUACAACUUGCCCCCCACGGGCAGCCAGAUGAAGAAGAAUGCUGAGCCCCGGCAGCAGCAGCAGAAGCAGCAGCAGCAGCAGCAGCAGCAGCAGCAGCAGCAGCAGAAGCAGCAGGGAAGACCCCGCAAGCAGCAGACGCUGCAGCAGCAGAAACAGCAGCAGCAGCAGCAGCAGCAGUCGGAGAAGCUUCCCAGAGGGAUCCGGAGGAAGCUUCGUCUGAUGCAGCAGAGAAAAGGAUUGCAGGAGCAGCAGCAGAAGCAGCAGCAGGAAGAGCAGCAGCAGCAAGAGCGGCAGCAAGAGCAGCAAGAGCAAGAGCAACACGAGCAAGAGCAGCAAGAGCAAAAGCACCAAAAGCAAGAGGAGCAGCCGCAAAAGCAGCGGCAGCAAAAGCAGCAGCAGCAAAGGCAGCAGCAGCAGCAAAAGCAGCAAACCAAAAGCAGCACCAAGUCAUCAGACCACUCGACGGCUGCAGCAGGGGGCAAGAAGAAGCGAAGCAAGGAAGAUGCUGCGCAGGAAGCGGGUGAAGUAGAACCAGCAGCAGCAGCAGCAGCAGCGGGGUCAGCAGCACCAGCAGGCGCGGCGCCGACACGAGCAGCAGCAAAGGCAGCAGCAGCAACAGCAGCAGCAGCAACAGCAGCAGGGACUGAGAAGAAAGCCCCGCUGAUGCUGUGGAAUGAUGUGGUUGAUGGGCCUCCAGACUUGCGAGCCUACAAACAAAAGUUUGAAGCUCUCAAAGCCAAGUCCAGCGGCGCUAGGGCGACAAACACAAGGGUGGAAGCAGCAGCAGCAGCUCUUGCUGCAGAAGGGAAGGCCGCUUCGGAAGUGCAGCAGGAGGGUGCAGCAGCAGCAGCAGCUGCUGCUCCCACCUAUCGGCAGCAGGUGUUAGAGGCCUACCGGCUCGUGAAGAAGCGGCGCAGGGAGGCGGAGAGGGAGCAGCAGCUGCAGCAGCAACAGCGGAAGAAGCUGCAGCAGGAGAGACAGGACCGUUACCGAAAGGGCCGCCACGGGAAAGAAGCAGGGAGCAGCAGCAGCAGCAGCAGCAGCAAGCCUUGGUCCUUCGACAAGUCUCUUCUUUACAGGAAUGACUGGGUUUUCAAGCAUGGCAGAAACGACAAGGACUGA